AUGCAGGUUUGGAACUUCCUACCGCUCUUCGUGGACAACGGCGACUUCAUUUUUCAAGACCUCACGGGUAAGGCCUACCGACUGGACUUGCGUACCGGAGCCGUGCGCUGGAAGAAUGGUGGAAAGGAUGGGACCUGGACAGAUGGCAGCGCAGCCGUCGGUAAUGGGAUGGUCUUCACUGUGCACAACAACAAUUUACCAGGUUUCGAUGGUCUCAGCGAGUACAACCCGGGGACGUUGAGCGCUUUCAACAUCACUGACGGCACUCUGAUUUGGAAGGUUGUCACACCGCGACCGCCGAACAAUGCACCGGCCAUUGGGAAGGUGAAGAACUAUCCUGGUAUGUCUGUUGUGAUGCCCAUCUGCCAGCAAGUGAUGCAGUUCGCCAGCUGCGAUGUGCAAGUCCACGAUGCGGAUACGGGCGUCCUACGCUGGGUCUUCCACGGCCCAAU